AUGUUUAGUCAGUGCCUGCUGGAUUCUGACUGGAAUCCUCAAAGUGGGAGCCCCUUGUCCCCUUAUUCAUUAAAAACGCCUCAUUUUUAUGUCAAUUUUUUAAAAACAAGUAAAAUUUUAAUAUUUUUAACUUAAAUUCUUCAUUAAGAAUUUUUUGUUCGAGUUAGAUAAAUUUAUUAAAUUGAAAAAAUUCUCACUGUUAAAGAAAAGAUCUCAAAAACUCAUUUUUAGUUCGAAUUUUCUAAACAAGUUGUAAAUUGCAGAAGUAAAAGCGAAAAAGAUUAUAACGUUGGAACUUCACUGUUUCCGUUACACUUGAAAACUCAUCCCUGUACACAUGAAACUCGAAUGCGAUGAAAUCUGUUUAAAGAAAAAUAAUAGCAAUAAUAGCGUUUAACUUAUUUUAUUUAUUUCAAAUAAACCAAUUUUUAAAAUGAAACGUAAAUGCAUGUGUUAUUGCUCUCUUCUUCUGCUUCACUAGAAAUUACAGUGUUUCGCGAACACUAAUUCAGAUCGAAGUCAACUCAACGUCGUCGUUUUGGCUUUGCAGAGCUCUCCUACCGUUGUUGAACUCUUUGCGUUGUUACAGUUUCUAGGGUUUUCGGUUUCAUUCUGGUGAUUGUUUCGGAUAUGGGAAGCAGAAAGGAAGAAGAGAGGAACGAGAAAAUCAUCAGAGGUCUCAUGAAGCUUCCGCCGAAUCGAAGAUGCAUUAACUGUAACACUCUGGGUCCGCAAUAUGUUUGUACGAAUAUUUGGACCUUCGUUUGUAUGACGUGCAGUGGAAUACAUCGUGAGUUUACCCAUCGUGUGAAGUCUGUAUCUAUGGCAAAGUUCACUUCGCAAGAAGUUGACUCUCUUCAAAAUGGGGGUAAUCAGCGUGCAAGGGAAAUAUAUUUGAAAAAUUGGGACUUCCAAAGGCAGCGAUUGCCUGAUAGCAGUAAUGUUGAUAAAAUAAGAGAGUUUAUAAGGAAUGUAUAUGUGGAUCGAAGAUAUGCAGCAGCUAAGUCUUCUGAUAAGCCUCCAAGAGAUGUGCAGAGCCCUAGAAUUCAUGAAGAUGAUACAAGGCGUGCCAGUUCGUAUCACUCAUAUUCUCAAAGUCCUCCAUAUGAUUACCAAUAUGAAGAUCGACGCUAUGGAAAACAAACAGCUGCACUGACCAGGAAGCCUGGUUCAGAUAAAGUUCGCUAUGAAGGAAAGAUAAGUAGUAUUAUUUAUAGUCCUGGUCGCUUCAGUGAUCAUGCAUAUGAUGACAGAUUUGCAAAUGAGGGGUCUGGUCCCAGAAUCUCAGAUUUUUCUGUGUCUAAUGGUGGUGAGCAAUUCAAAUCUGAUGUUCAGCGUUCUGGUGGCCAUUCAAGUGAAGAUGUGUGGUCUCAUGCAAUAAAUACGUCUCUGGAAACUAACUCCAAGAGAGACGCAGACAGAAUUCAUCAUCCACAGAGAACUACUUCACUGGGAUCAACAGAUAGCAACCUGUCAUCCUUAAGAUCUUACAGUUCUGGUGGCUUAGUUGAUUUUUCCUCGGAACCUUUCCAGGCUUUUGGAUCCCAUCAAAAUAAAGUGUCUUGUGCUUCACAACCUUUUGAUCUGGGAAGUUCUGUUAGUUCAGAUCUUUCCAAGACACCAGUGGCAACUGAACCAUUCUCUUCAUCAGCUUCAUCUAUUGACCUUUUUCAGUUGCCAGCUGUGCCCUCUCAGGCUACAUCAGUGGAUCUGUUUCAAUCAUCUGGUUUAUCUUCAAUUUCAUCUUUCAACGAGAGUCAACCCACAAAAGCAUCCCAAUCCUCAUCUGUUGACUUCUUUAUGGAUCUUUCUCAGCAGCCAUCUGCUGCAACCUCAAAUGAGAAGUCACUAGAGUUCUCUGUCCCCAAAAAUGAAGGAUGGGCAACAUUUGAUAUGCCUCAGCUCACAACAUCUACUGCACAAGUAGAAAUUCCGACAGCAGUACCUUCAAGUGCCAAUCCCUUGCAGGAAAGAUUUGAUCCAUUUUCAAACUUAAAUGCAAAUAUGCAAUGGCCAUCUUCUGAAACUUCUAGUAUUAGUGUUCUGUCUUCAGUUACAUCCAAUUUAUGGCACGAUGACAUGUGGAAUGGAGAAGAGCAAGUUUCUGUUAUGGCAACAAACACUCAACCAUGGAAUGCAUUUAAAGAUUCCAGUACCUCUGUUCCUGUGGAUGUCCUUAAUCAAGGAUCAGAAAUGCACAAUCUUUCAUCAAGUGAUGAUCAGUUUUUGAAUUUAAGAGCUUCUGAGGGAUCCAAUAAAGGUGGGAUGCAAGAUGUUGCCCCUGUUGAUGGGUUUGAUCAUGACCUUUCAUCACAUUUUGUUAAUGGCUUACCAUAUCCUCCAUCUGCAUUUCCGCCUAUGGGAGAGGUUCAGCAUAAUGAAGUCAACUGUAAAUCAACUAACCCAUUUGAUUAUCCUUAUGACUCAGAUGUAGAACAUAAUAAUUUGUGCCAAUUGCAAUUCCUUGAUGUCAGCUCUCUACAAGCUGCUCUGCCAGAUUCCCAGCUAUCAUCCACCUUCCAAAGUGGAAUUGACGAACCAUGGCUACCUCAGAAUACAGUGAACCCUUAUAUCUCCUCUGCAGGACAAGGUGGUUUGACAUUCAUGGCUGCACCACCGCCAAGUUCUCAAAUACCGAACAUCCAGACGCAGGGACCAGUUGCUUCUGUUGGGGGCAAUCCCUUUGCAUAGGAUUAUACUGCAAAAUUUGGAGCCAGUCAUGGGGAAAUUUAUGCAUAGCUAGUCUAGUAGUUACUCAUGACAUAGAUUUUAAUGCUUUUAUUCACAUCAGAUUAAAAUGUUUCCCAUUACUUCCACGGCAAGGAAGGCCUUGGAAUUCAUAGUCCCUGCCAUAUACUUGCCAUGCGUUUAUAUUUUUGCAAUUGGAUGCCAUAGUUAUUGUCAAAAAAAAUGGCAUUGUAGUUAGAAUUCUUAAAAUGUUUAAUUAGUCUUCUGGCUGGCAACGAAUGUAAACAAUUUGGAUCAAGAUAGACUGUUGAUGGUAUUCGACCUUGUUAUUGUAAUUGCUAUUCUAUGUAAUCCAAAGCUUGUUAAUUGUUUC